AUGCCACCCAAGAGGUCCGCGGCGAAGUCACAACAGAAGCCUCCCAAGACACUCAAGGCACCAAAGGCGCCAAAGGCAAAACCCAAAGCAUCGCCAGUCCGGUCGGGGCGAAAUGCAUCGCCAAAGAGCAGCCACGCACCAACUACCUCGACAAGCGCGUCGCAGUGCAACACAUCACCAACUUUAACAAGCAGAUCGUUAAAGCGAAACCUUAGUGGUUCGCCCAUCAAGUACGAGCCCAUUCAACAGGAAGCCAUCGCUGCAUUUUGGCACAACUGCAGUGGAGCAGCCGAAAAAAACAAGAAGGCUCAGAAGACACACGAGACUGCGAGCCAGCAUGCGGACAGUCACCAGAUUGAGAAGCCAGUUUCUAUACCAACACAGGUUGGAUCGAGCGAGUCUGCCUUUGAGUUGCCUUCUCAUCAGGUCGCAGCCGCAGCACAGGCUCUUGUGGCUGAUGGAGUUGCGCAGCCUGCGGCAGAGGAGGAGACGCCGGCUGCAGAGUCUGCAGAGUCCGUGGCGGAGGCGGCGGGCGCGGAGGGUGUUCAGGCAUGCUGCGCGGAGAUCCCGGAAGCGAAGGUGGCUGCUGCACCGCCUACUGUUCAAGAACCUGCUGAUGGUGCGAUGGAGUGUGUUGGCGGUGAAUCAGGGACAGCGGCUGUCAAAACUGAUGGGCCUGCUGUGGCGCUUGAUUCUGCUUCGGCGAGCCUCGAAACACAAGUGAGCCAAGAACACAAGACAGAAGGUUGCAAUCGAAUUCCGGAGAAUGGAUCGACAGAGUCCACCACCAAUGUGGUGAUCCCGUCGACGGAGUCUACCAACAAUGCUCAGGUGAUCCAGCAGACGGAGCUCACCGACAAAGCACAGGCGAUCCCCCGUGAAGACAGUCAUGACCGUCAUGACCAAACUGAUUUGGAUGAGCUUGCGCAUGUGGGUGAUCAUGUUCUAGGUCAUGGCAGCACUGACUUGGGUGAGCCUCAAUGCUUGGAACCGGGUGAGUCCGAUCUUGCACAUGUUCAUGUUCCUGAGCCUGAGCACCACCGCACUGACCUGGGUGAACAGGGUGAGUCUGACCUUGCACAUGUUCCUGUUCCUGAGCACCGUUCUCGUGAUGCUGAUUUUGAUUCUGAUGAGGAUGCCUCAGAUGACAAUGACAAAAAUGCAUCGAGAGCUGCUCAUCACAUGCUCCGGCAGCAAGACAGGAAGAGUCGAUUGGGAGAUCUCAUGCGGUGGCCUGAGAAGAUGAUGGAUCGCCUGUGCAAUAUGGGCGAGUCCAGCACGGAGACACAGAAGAAUCAGGUGCUUCACCGCAUGAAUGAACGUGCAAACGGCUUGAGGAUUUCGACAGCAUUUUCUGGCAUAGACACACCUGGCAUUGCCCUCAGCAUGAUGUCGCUUGCAAUAGCCAGUGGCCUUGGACUGCCACUCGAGAAACGUCCACGGUUCGUCAAUUUGUAUGGCGUAGAAUGGUACGCGAAGUCGCAAGACGAGUUGAUGACUUCACCUGAUGGGCCUUCGUGCAUAUACGGCGACAUACACAACUUUUGGCAAGAUCACAUGGCUGCGAAAGUUGAGACUCUGUUGAGUGAGGGCAUGUUUGUUACGGUCAUGACAGACCUCCUCAAAUCCAUGAAGAUCAACUCACUUGUUCGUGCCGACGCGUUUUGUGUGAAGUGCAACAAGAAGUGUACUGUGGCUCAUCUGCAUGUACUUGUUGGCCUCAUGCAACCGCAGCCUUGUUGCGCAUGUGUUUUGUGUUGUCAAGAGUUGCCUGAGGCACAACCCGCAGACCUUCAUGUUGCAGGCACGCCCUGCAUUGACUUUUCGCCUCGUGGCCAAAAGAAAGGCUUGUGUGGGCCUACUACCGGCCACUUGUUCUGCUGGCUGGCGCUGCGCCUCCUUUUGGAGGACGCUUAUGUCAUUCAAGAGAACGUGCCGGCAUUUGCCACGCACGUCCUUGCUGCGGUGCUGGGACACAUGUAUCACGUGGAUACCGCGCUUCUCGAUCCGUUUGAACUUGGCUGGCCAAUCGUCAGGAAGAGACGCUACACUGUGCUUCGUCACAAAACCAAAACCGGGGCAAUGACGCAGCCGCUUCAUCAGUGGAGCAGACUCUUCAUUCGACAGUACAUCCCAGAAGACAAUGGUGUCGACGGUGUCGGCGUUCCAGAUUGGGACGUGUUCCUCGUCGCUGGCCCUGUCGAGCUACGAGAAGAGCUGCUUUGGGCAGCAGGGCGGUCACAAAGCCAGUGGCAAUGGAACGACACUCAAGAGACUCAAGAGACUCAAGAUGACGAAAACCACGGCAACGGCAACACCCAACCGGCGCGACUGAACCCAUUGGACCCAACUCCGUUGGGUCCAUUUUGGCGAGCGCUGAACAAAGGCGAACAAGAGCACUUGGAACUGUAUCGGACGCUGUCGCAAGGUCAGGUGUUCCAACUGAACCAAGACCCGGACUUCGGUGCCAACAUCUCCACUGCGCGUCAUUUGCGCACGCUGAUUAAGAACAGUGGCAUUUUGUGGUAG